AUGUGGCUUUAUCAUUGCUUGGCAAAUCUGGAAGUCCAUGUUGAUGCCUCUUCAAAUUGGCAAAAGGAUGUCGACAACUUCGAGAGCGGCGAAAAAGUCAUUACUCGCUGCCGUCUUCGCUCGGUAAAUUACUGGAACUAUACCCAAGGUCGAGCAAAGGUCGUUCCGGGCUACGAAUUUGGUACAGUCGUUGGCGUCAGCCACUCACCUAACUCUCCUCCAUACGGCGUAUUUAGUGGUUCAGUGAAUCCAUAUCGCCACAAUCUGCGCCUCUUCUCCUUGCUCAACCCCUUCUUUUCCCACCUCCGUGGCAACUACGUAUUUGUAAAGAACAAGUCUUCCGCUCGCCUCAUCGACAGUCCGUGUAACCUGGUUUUCAUUUUUGCCCAGUGGUGCCCCUUCUCCAUGCGCGCUGCACCCUACAUCAACGCACUUGCGCGAGCCUUCCCCCAACUUCCUGUGAUAGCCAUCGAUGUGGACGAGUACCUGCAAUUCCGGUGGAGUCUGCGUGUUUUCUACGUACCCAAAAUCAAGAUUUUUGUUGGAGAUCAUGUGUACAAGGAGUUUAAUGGCACUGAAACGGAUCUUGAUGAGUUGGCUGAUUUCGUUUGGCAGAAUUUGCGUCAGAUCCCACAGGGUCCACUGGAACUGCGACGGGAGGACUUUUUCGGACCAAUUCCCACUCAACUGGUAUCACGCCCCAGCGACUACCGACUACAGGUGGUGUGGGUCAUCUUUCUCGUCAGUUCCGCAUACUUCUUUGGGUAUUUUGUCGACUGUCGCGGGGUACGACGCCACAUCACAGCGGCGCUCAAACUAGUGAGCCACCUCCUCGAUCAUCGUCGUCGCCGACGACGAAACGUUGCUGCGCACGCCGCACUACCACCGCCACCGCUGCUCGCCAUUCGCUACCAUUCUCACACCGAGUAG